GAUCAGUUUUAAUCCUCGGUGUCGAGCACGAGUGAAGCUUAAAUCUAUAGUAAAAUCUAGAUUCUUCAGUAUUCUAAUUCUUUAAAAAUUACCUGAUCAUUUUCGAAGAACCGUUAACGCCUAAUACAUCGCGAAUGCAGGUUGGGUUACAUGAUGAUGAUGCUAACGUGUGCGCCUUAGAGGAUUGCACUGAGGUUGACCCAUUAUCGGCGCGCUGCACCCAUUGCAAGAAGGUGUUUUGUUCACGGCAUAUCACCACUCGUGCACACCAGUGCUCGGAAGAAUACGAUGCUAAAGUGGCCGCCUGCCCCGUGUGUGGGUGUGUGGUGGGGCUUGAGUACCCAGGCCAGCGUGUGGACGAGGCGGUUUCUUUGCAUCUUGACCGCGGCUGUCGUAAUCUGCGCGAAUCGACUAAUUCGCAUGACAUUUCUCACAAAGGGUUGCCAAAUUCUUUUCAAGGGGCCCAUCGUUUAGGUGGCCGACGACCAUGCGGAGUGGUUGCGUGCGCUGACCCCAGGGACAUCCGUGUGGAGUGUGAUCGCUGUGGCCACGCUUUUUGCCUCGAGCAUCGAAAUCCCUCUCUUCACGAUUGCAAGGGCAACUUAUCCCCUGAGAGGCGACGGGUGGUUUCUUCUACUACCAAAACCGUGAGUGAAUCACCAGGAACGUCCGAGGGGGGGGCCACGACGAUUGCAAAGCUCCUCUGCAUGAGGGCGAAGCCUCUUUCCCCCACCUCUGUGAAGGCUGCGGCGACCAACGCCAACAACGCAACGUUACUUAUUCUGUUUUUAAUUCCCUUAGAUGAAUUCAAUACUAGUAGGGAGGAGACGUCCAUUCAGGUGGUCGGUAUCCCACCAUUUUAUGUAUCUAUCUCAAAGAAUGCAGUUUUGGGAAAAGUACUCGACUUGGCUAUCACGGAAGCUUCAAAAAAACAUAGUAAUGUAAUCAAAUCCAAGUCGAAGGAACCGUGGCAUGUACACGCUAUGAAGAUUCCAGUGCCAAAGGGAGUUGUUUGCCCGAUGUAUCCGUCAUUACCCCUAUCUACAAAAAUAUGCAAGACUAUAUUGGUGGAUUCUCCAUCGUUAUCUUCUAUUUCACAGAAGGAAGAGACAAUCUUAUCAACAUCUAUAUCAUCUAGCAAGACUUCUACUUUGGUCGUGAUUUCUCAUUUUUCAACUCUACCAGAGGAACUCAUCAAGAAUUUGUAUUUAAAUAAAGUCAUACAUGGAGGUUUUUCAGAUGGUUGUUGUAAUCUUUUUUGAGGAUACUGGUAACAAAGGGAAUUGUCUCUAUGGCAUCUGUUAGUUUUCCACUUAUUUCUAUUAUCAUUGGAACGUACAUAGUUAAAUGGGUUAGCAUUAUUUGGAAUUUAUACGGGCGGCUAUUGACAUGUUAUUAUUUAGUGUCUAGUUUUUAAAUCUAUUUUAGUGUCAAAAUAUAUUUGCGCUUUUGUAGUGUAAAAAGUAUAUUCGUCCUUGCUAA